CAACCAAAUGAGAGGUGCUUGUCAAAUCCAUUCAUUGGACAUUGAAUGUCUCACAAAUCAAUGGUUUUGUUCUGUGCUGAGCAGUGUGAAGCACAACAUAUAGUUUAGUGGAGUUUGUGCAGCGCUCAUAGUUAAAAUCUGUUUAAUUUGAUCCCAGUGCAUUAUGACAUAUACUUCUGCUGCCAAUAGGCACAGGAUAUCGCAUACAGCACAUGCUGCUUUUAGUCUGAAAGCCUCAGGAGAUGGUCAGGCAAUCAACAAGUGUAGAAAAACAAAUGACACCAGGAAAUGACACCAUUGCAAAGAGUCACAUACUCUGUCCUUACUCAGUAACAAAUUCUACAUUUUACACCCUUCAUCUCAAUCUAUGUGCAAUUUGGGGGAAUAUUAAAUUUGAUUUUCCACAAAAUGUGCUUCACUUUUUCACAUUUGGACCUACAUAAAAAGUGUUUUUAAAUUCACCAACAUAUGUGGUAAGAUGAGUUAAGGCCCAAAGCAGUCCAAAGUUCUAAAAAGCUUAAUAAAAUGAAAACACAAAGAAAGAAAGAAAGAAUACAAGGAAGGAAGGAACGAAGGAAGGGGGCUACUGACAAGAAAUGUAGGAAAGGCACAAGGAGAGAAAGAGAAAGUAAGGCCACAAGGAAGGAAGGACACGGGGCAGAAAAAAGAAAAGAGAGGAUCUAAUGGAAGAAAACAGAGGUGGAAGUAAAGAAGAAAGGGCUUAAGAGAGGAAGGGCACAAGGAAGCAAGGGCAGAGAGGAUUAUAUGAGGACGAAAAUAAUGAAGGGCAGAAAAAUGAAAGAGAGGAUGGAGGAAGAACAGAACAACUUUUGCAGAUUGUAUUAUAUUUCGUAUAUUUCUCUUAUUUUUAGCUUUAUUAUUAUCUGUUUCAUCUGUAAAGACGACUCUCCAUUGCUUUAGUAGCAGAGCAUCUCUUCACUCCACCACUAGGUUUCCCAUCGGCCUAUCACUGCUCUCCUCGGUGCUUACGACAACACCGGGAAGCAGCGAGCUGUUCGCUUUGUUUUGUUUUGGUAGUAGGAGUUGGAGGAGCAGAGGAAGGCCGACAGACAGAGGUCCUCCUGGGGCAGACCCGCUCGCUAAAUGGGGAGAGCUAAAUCGGGGAUGGAAGAUGAAAAACCGAUAGCUGACGCUUGCAAGAUGCCGAGCUUUAUGAGCAAUUUCGAAGAGGGAAGGAAGAAAUUGUCCCGCAACCAGCCGACAGGAACUUCCAUCACGGACGAUAAAGUUAAGCUGCCGGUUGGGGACCUGAACCGACCUGUCAUCCGGUCAAACUCCCGGUUAUCCCUCGACGGGGUCGACGGGAGGGCGUGGACGAGGAGCGGCGACGGAGAGAGAGAUGCAGAGGGCAACAACAACAACAACUGCAACAGCGGAGGAGUCGGAGCAGCAGGGAGGAGGAGGAGGGCGAGCGCUGUGGAGGUACUAAGGAGGAAUUUUGGGGAUUCCAAGUCGCCCUCUCACCGUUUAAGUACAAAACGUCGGAUGCAGAGCGGAGGGGAACAUGGAGCGGGUAGAGAAAGUGGUGGGAACGACUGUAAGGACGUACAUGGAGCACAAUGUGGUGAGUGUCAAAAGUCGGACGUGGUGACGGGAGGAGAAGGUGAUGAAAACGAGCCACCCCUAAGCGAGUUGAAGACUUCAGACGUUGCAGGAGUGAAAUAUUUAACGGUUGGAGAGAAGUGCCAUCUUAAAGCUGAGGAUGACAACAACACUGUGACGUUAGGUGAGUCGUUUAGUGCUAAAGAGCACGUCUAUUGUACGGUUUACUGCAUUGCCAACGACACUCAUCGGACAGACGCUAAAAUCACGGACGGCCACGAUGACGCUGUUACAUCCGAAGGAACAGAAACAAACUUGGAGACGGUAAAGGUGGGGGAUCUGGGCACCGAACCGGAGCUGGAUACGCUGGGUGACAUGUUGGACCCGUACUGGGACUACCACUUUAAAAGAUCGCUGGUCGUUGCGGAGAAUGGGAUAGAGUGUUGUUGGGUGUGCCUGGAGGAGAAAACCAUCGCAUCCCUGCCCUGCUGCGGGAAGGCCGUGUGUGACGAGUGUCUGAAACUCUACGUCAGCACCCAGGUGAGGAUGGGCAAAGUUCUCAUCGGCUGUCCAAUCCUGGAGUGUACCGGCACCCUGGAGGAGGGAUUAAUUAUUUCCCAAUUGAGCAAUGAAGAGGUGGCAAAGUACCAGUACUUUUUGGAGCUUAGUCAGCUGGACUCUAGCACAAAGCCCUGUCCCCAGUGCAGCCACUUCACCUCUCUGAAGGCAAACGGUACAGACCGCUCCGAGCACAAGUACAAGAUCCAGUGCAGCAACUGCCAGUUUGUCUGGUGCUUUAAAUGCCACGCGCCCUGGCAUGAUGGACUCAAGUGUCGCGACUACAGGAAAGGGGACAAGCUGCUACGAACCUGGGCGAGUGUCAUCGAGCACGGACAGAGAAACGCCCAGAAGUGUCCACAGUGCAAGAUCCACAUUCAGCGAACAGAGGGCUGCGAUCACAUGACCUGUGCACAGUGUAACACUAACUUCUGUUACCGCUGUGGAGAACGUUACCGUCAACUCAGAUUUUUUGGGGACCACACUUCCAACCUCAGUGUGUUUGGCUGCAAGUAUCGUUACCUCCCUGAUAAGCCACACCUCAGAAGACUAAUCAGAGGCUCUGUCUGUGCCACUAAAGUGCUGAUAGCUCCGCUGGUCCUCCUGCUGGUGAUGGUGCUCGGAGCUCUCGCUGUGGUGAUAGGUUUGUUUGUUUUCCCCGUCUACUACUUCUGUAAGAGGAGGAAGAAGCAGCAGCAAACCCGGGGCUCCGGACGGUGGAUCUAACCCCUUCUUGCUAUACCUAGCCGAAUAAAGGCGACACCCACAUCUCCUCAGGGACGGACGCGGCAGCCUGAGACACGAGAUAACUCUGGGGCAGGAGGAGACGUCACAAAACAAGCAGUAGUUUCUCGGAGCAGAGUGAGGCCUUGAUAAUUGCACAUCGACACAUCGAGUUUAUUUAUAGUGCAUGGGACUGCUGUUGAAGUAUGAAGGCUGGAUAAUGUCGAAGCAGAAUAGCUACCCAAAUCUAUUUGGACUAAAUUCAAGUGAAGAUGAAUCAGAUUAUAGCACAUACUCUGAAUGUUUGUUUUUAUCAUUUUUCUUUUGCCUCAAAUUUCAUGAAGUAAUUUAAACCCAAAGAUGCAGUUCUGAUAACAUUUCGCAACGAGCUAGAUGGUCACUGUUAAAAAAGGGCUUUAGAAGUGUUAGAUAAACAAAUAUGCCAUACACUCUUCAUAGGGAUGAAUGCCAUAUUAAUUCUGAGCUUUCGAAAACACUUUUCCUAUUUGUAGCAUUCACCCAGCCUCUGGCAUGUUACUGACUGAAUAUUUCCCAUUUUUUUCAUGCCAGGAGAAUAUUUGUUUGGUUUCCUGACAUGAGUUUGCCUUGGAAGCAUAAGCCAAAUGUCUUGUAAACAAUAUUAUGAUCAGACGAGGCAAAGAUUGAGUCAUCUGGUCCCAACUAUAAGAAGUUUCUUUGAGAGAGUCAAGAUGAAGCUGUUAAACCUAUGACCACUGUACCAGCUGUUGAGCAUGAUGGUGGCAGCAUCAUGCCAUGGGGCUGUUUUGCUGCCAUUGGUACUGCUGCAUUGCACAGUGUGGAUCAGAAAAUCCACAGCUAGAUGGUUGAUAUUUGGACGCAGUUGAGUGUUCCUAUGGGACCAUUAUCCUAAACAUAAGCCAAACAGGAUGCCAAUAUUAAGCUUCUGGGAAGUCCCUAUGGAAUAUAGGUGCACUAAUAAAAGAAUGGUUUAUUAAACGCCCCAAAAUUAAUAAGACGUUCACGACAGUGAUGAUUGUAUGUAAAUUUCUAUCCAGAGCUGUUAGAGAGCAACAGAAUGAAAGGAGCCAUGAUAGACAUUUUAAUCUCAGUGGGUUUCCUCAUCUUUCACUGGUGGAAAGUUGGAUCUUGUCAGAAAUGGAAAGUUUCCGUUGCAGUUUGAAUCUCAAUCUCAAGAUGCUGUAAAAGGAGGUCUGGUGGGACAUGAGACAGACGUGAACCUUAAAUUCUUGGUAGAAGGUCUGAAAAUUGUGUGUGCCCCCAAUGCUAAAAAUUGACAACACAGGUUGAGCCCUAAUGAAACACUGAAAGCGACAGCCCCUCCACUUGUUUUGUGUUCUGGCUCCCUGUGUACAUUUCCACCCCUGUUUUUGGCUCUGCUACCAGACAUCAUCCCUGCUCUGCCUGCUUACCGUGUCAUCAAAAACAAAACAGGCAGCUGUGCCAAAACAAAAUGCUGAAUAUGGUGCAACAUACAACUGAUCUGGCCGCUUUGUUGUUUUGUCUUUUAGGAUUUCAUAUGUUUGGUGCUGUUGCUUUAAAACUGUGCCCUGCACUAGUAUUCAUACCCCAAGAUUUUUUACAUUUAGUCAUGUUACAAACACAAAGAAAAGGAAAAUGAUGCGUGGUUAGAAUUAGUGUGGAAUGCGUUUAAAUUCGGCCCCAGUGAGUUAAAACAUUGUAAAACCACCACAAUCGGAUUGGAUGGAGAACAUCUGUGAACAUCAGUUUGAAAGUGUUGCCACAGGUAUGCAUGAAUGUGCUUUAAAGCCCAACAUUAUAGCUCUGGCUAAAUAUUUAGACUCUAAAAGGGUUUCUUCCAGGAUUCCUCUGUAUGUAGCUCCAUCCAUCUGAUGACCUAUCAGCUUCCUUGUCCCUGAUAAAGAAAAUCAUCCCCACAGCAUGAUGCUGCCACCGCUACAGUUGAUUGUAGGGAUGUUGUGUUCAGUGUUAGUUUUCCAUCAAACGUAUUUUGUACAUAGGCCAAACAUUUUCUUUUUUUAUAUCUCAUCUUAUUAGAGAAUUUUCUUAUACAUGUUUAGUGUGUUCACCCUACAUGGCUUGUGGGGAAUCCUCUUGCCAGUCUUUCAUAAAGGCCAGAUUUGUGGAGAGCACAACUAAUAGUUGUCCUGUUGACAUGUUUUCCCACCUGAGCUGUAGAUCUCUGCAGCUUCUCAAGAGUUACCACAGGCCUCUUGGCUGCUUUUCUUAUAAAUCUCCUUUUCUAGCCUGUCAGUUUAGGUGGAUGGCUGUGUGUUGGUUUGCAGCAGUUCCAUACUCUUUCUAUUGUCAGAUAAUGGAUUCAAUGAUGUUGAAAUAUUGUUCUGCUUUAAAGUUCUACUGAGCCUUAUCUCUGAGCAUAAUGCUAUGUUCUGUGCUCAGGGCGACUCAGUUUUGUAAUUAAAUGGCUUGGUGGCACUGGAUUUUAUUUAUGUGGCAUCAUAUUGAAUGAGCUAAAGACAAAUGCAUGGCAGCCUUUUCAGAUUUUUACGCGUGGAGCAUUUUUGAGAUCCUUAUGUAUCCUUUUCUUUCUAACUCACAGUUAAUUGUUGCUUUGUGUUGGUCUGUCCCAUAAAAUCAGAAUAAAAUAGCUUGAAGUUUGUGGUUGUAACAUGACAAAAUGUGAAAAGGUUCAAGAGUUGUGAAGGCUUUGGGCAAGGCACAGUAUACCUGCUGGGGAGGCAAACUUAAGAUGUGGAUUUAGAGAAGAAGAAAAAGGGUUUAAAAAGUUUUACCUUUUCUAUUUCUCUUGUGUAGUCUGAGCAGUGCUUUACCAAUACGUUCAAUAGGGUUUUAUAUAAAUUUGUUAUUCUCAAGGUUAUUAGAUUUCAUAGUUUACAGGAAGUGGUGCAGAAGCACUGUUUCACUUUAUGAACCUGGAUCCAUUUUUUAACAUUGAGGCAAGAAUGAAAACCCCUGGGUCUCUACCAGGGAAUCAGUGAGUUUCAAAAGUGCUAAAGGUCAGCUGACUAUUAUUCAAUGUUUCUGCCAUUAGUUUUCAGGAAAGUCUAUAAAAAAGAAAGGCUAACUAUCCUUAUGCUUCCCAGCUUUAGGUAUACAAAAACAAAAUAUUUAGUGAGAGUCAUUCAAACCUUUCCUUAUAAUAAUCUCUCUUUGUUUUCUAGCUAGAGCUGCACGGUGGCGCAGUUGGCAACACUGUUGCCUUGCAACAAGAAGGUCCUGGGUUUGAAUCCCAGAUCUUUCCGCAUGGAGUUUACAUGUUCUCCUUGUGCAUGCGUGGGUACUCUCCAGGUACUCCGGCUUCCUUCCACAGUCCAAAACAUGACUGUUAGGUAAUUGGUCUCUUUAAAUUGCCCGUAGGGAUGGGUCUGUCCAUGUUUGUUUGUCUUGUGUGUCUCUCUGCUGCCCUGUGAUGGACUGGCGAGCUGUCCAGGAAUACCCUGCCUCUCACCCAAUGACCGCUGGAGAUAGGCACCAGCCCCGCCGCCCGUGACCCUGCAAGGACUUGUGGGUAUUGACAGGGGAUGAAUGGAUGGAUGAUUGUUGUCUUGCUCCAUCACAUGCAAUUUAUACAAAAAUGUCCACAGUGAAGCUGGAAAUCAUUGGAUGAGUUGUGUCAUUGCAUCUGUAAAUGUUGCCACACUGAACCUACACUGAAGGAUUUAUGACGUAAGCUUUAAAGAAGCAGGAUUUAUCUUCAUGCUUGUCAAAGAUUUGGCAGUGCAAAGCUUGUAGUUGAGCUUAAUCCCAGGGAUAUGACACAUUUUCCACAUCUGAGUGUUAAUAAGUGUCAAAUAAAGUUACAGAGUAAUAACAGCGUUCACAAAUACACUGACAUUAUAUCCUUGCACAUUGCUUUCUAUAGUUCCAAGCAGUCCAAAGUCUGGGUUAAAUCCUCUCUCAGGGAGUUUGUUUUGUUUUUACUGGACCCAGAGCCCGCCCUGUACAUUAGCUGUGCCAAAGAAAUUGCUGAACAGCACCAUGGAUUCUGAAUGCUUCCUGGUAGGCUUGCCAGCUGCUGCCUCGCUAAACAUAUUGAAUUCCAGGAAACAAAGUGCACUGCACCUUCAAAAGGAGAUCAGAAAUGUGUUUUAAUGUUGCCAACGCUGACUCUCUUUUCGAGCCUGACUCAGCUGGAUUCUGAACUCUUUUUUUGGGGGUCAGAGGGUUGAAAUUCAUGAUUGAAAAGCAGAAUAUUAAAACACGUGUGUUGGUAAGUCAGAGCUUGAAAACUGUAUUUCUAAGGUCAGAGGACAGCAAUUAAAUGCUUCACACUCAUUCUUAUGUAUUUCAUUAGUACUGAUCCGCUAGUUCUGCACUGUCAUUUUAACAACUGCUUUUUAUUUAUUAUAGACAUGUGCAUCUAAAACUGUUCUUAAUAUUAGAUAAGAAUUAUUGUCAUUUCUUUUAUGCAAUGUCAAUCCAUUUAUUUUAUUUUUUUCUGUGCCAUUUUACCAGAAGGUUGUCAUUUACUUUGCCUUGCAAAAUAUUCAAACAGCGUUUCUAUUGGGAAUACAUGUGAACACCAAUAAAAACUAACACAUGAUUUUGAGGUAUAAGAAAAGUAAAAGUGUGGCAUCCAUUUGUAUCCAGCUCUCCUGAGUUAUUACUUUGUAGGACCAUCUUUCUAUGGCGUUCCACAUAUAGACUGAAGGGUUUGUCCAUUCUUCUUUACCAGAUAGCUCAAGCUCAAUUGGAUUGAGUAGGUCCCUGCACCAUGAUGCUGUCACCACCAUGUUUAACCAGUGGAAUGGUUUGUUCAGGUUAAUAUGCAGUGCCAGUAUCAGAUAACAUCUAGCAUGAAGGCCAAACAAAGUAUAACAUUAUCAUCAGAACACCUUCCACAUGUUUGUUAUACCUUCUACAUGGCUUAAGGCAGUCUGCAAGAGGGACUUUCCUGUUGCCGCACAUGCAUAAAGGCCAGAGCAGGGCAUAGUUGCCCGGUUAGGUUAGGUUGCCAAGCUGUGGCUCUCUCCUUGACUGGCUUGUCAGUUGAGGUGGGUGUCUAUGGCAAUUGGGUUGAUUUAUGGGUAUCCGAGCAAAGGGGGCUUAAUUCAAAUGCACACCAUACUUCAUAUUUUAAAAUUGUUUUUGUUGAACAUCAUCUUACAUCCACAAUUAUGAACAACAGUGUCUUGCUCUUCAAGAAAAUCCAAAAUAUGAAAACAUUUAAUAGGUAUAAAGACUUUUGCAAGACUAGGUAUUUGGAUUUUCCCACCACUGAAAUUAUAUUUGUGCUAAUUUAACUUGUUGCCAGAAUAUUAACCUUAAAAUCAGCAAGAAAUUUGAGGAAGGAAAUCAACUUCCAGGACUGUGACUGAAUUUGAAUUUUAUGAUAAAGUUUUUAUGUGUUUGUAGUUGUUGAUGCAAUCACACUAUGUUAUAGCAGGGCUGUGGUAGUUGUCAGCUGGGAUAUGUGCAUACAAACACACACACACAAAUUUCCACCUUUUUAAGAAUACGUCUGUCAUUGAUUGGGUCAUCAUGGCUGUAAAUCAGAUUAUAAGGUUGUGUUUUAAAGAGUUGCAGAAUGUAUCACAUUCUGGCCUUAUUUUGUAUUAAUUACACCUCAUACAUCUUCAUCCUCAUUUAUUAUAAUAAUCACGCAUGACAACAUAAACUACUGAAACUACUGUUAAAUACAUUUGAAAUGUUGUAGCUGACUGCUCAGUAAACAAAGGCAACAAGUUUAGGUUUGACAUCCCGAAACCACAGUCCUGGGUGUAGGCCUGUAAAUUUGCACGUUUAACGGUCACUUUAUUUUGGGUCAUGCUUUUCCUUGCUUGGGAAAAAGUAAUAAUCUGUUGCACUUUGAGCCCCGCCUCAAACAUUAGAUCAUCUGUGAAGGAGGAAAUGUUGCAGAAAGAUGUGUCGCUUUCAGUUAAUUAAAUGUCUGCAUAUGGAAGUCCUGACUGCUAAACUUGCCAAAGGUGGAUUUACCAGUAACCUCAGGAUGGGAUUUCGCCUUCUGGACAUGCAAACCUGUUGUAACAUUAGCAGUGUGUUUAUCUGUAUACUUCACUUUUUUUCCAGGUAUCUCGUUUCAAAGAAAUAUUUAGAAAUGAGAUGGGUUUUUUUUCCAAAAUACUGCCACUGUCAGAAAUAUCUGGUGAUAUUAUUGUUGCUACCUUAGCAAAGGCACUAACACUCUUUUGUCUAAGAAUUUGAUGGAAAAUAAACAAAUGCCAAAAUGUG